CCGGCUAAGGGAUCGGGCAUAGGCGGCGGCAGGCGUGUGUGUUCCUCUGUAUCGAGCUGCGCUCGCGAUCCUCUUCUUCCCCUUCCCCAAGUUGUACUCGAAUCAGGUCUGUAAUCGCCAUAGAUCGAAGAGGGAGAACCAGAGAGUGCCUCACAGACGGAGAAGAAAUGUCUCGCUUCCUCCUGCGCCGCUUCCUCUGCUCCUCUUCCUCCACCACUCCCGCAGCUGGCGCAGGUUUCAUCCGCGAGCUCGCCACCCUCCUCGCCGCUGGCCGCUUCUACGCCUCCGUCGACCUGGCGAAAUCACUCCUCCUCUCCUCCCAGCCACCAGCCACCUCCGUCCCCGACCUCUAUCACGCUCUUGUCUCCACCGCUGCCGCCUCCCUAUUCGACCCGCAUCCCCCAUCCUUCCUCUCCGACGCCGCCUCCGCGCUCGUCGUUGCCUCCGCUCGGCUUGGCCUCCCCGACGGCGCACUCCGGCUACUUUCCCUCCUCGCCGACGCCCGCGCAACUCUGCCGUCCCUAUCCUCCUGCAACCUUCUCCUUGAGUCCCUCCUCUCCCUCGGCCGCCACGCCGACGUGCGCCGGGCGUUCGACCUCCUAAAUGCCGCCGGGGCACGCCCCGACACCUUCACAUGGAACAAGGCCAUCCAGGCGUGCGUCGUGGCAGGUGAUGUCGACGAGGCUGUCCGGAUGCUUCGUCGGAUGGAUUGUGAAGGCCACGGCGCCCCAGCGCCCAACGCCUUCUCAUACAAUGUGGUCAUCGCUGGACUGUGGAGAGCAGGAAGGGGUAGUGACGCUGUCGAGGUGUUUGAUGAAAUGGGAGAGAGGGCUGUGUUGCCAAGUCAUAUCACGUACAAUACGAUGAUUGAUGGACACAUCAAGAUAGGGGACUUGGAGGCUGGUUUUAGGCUGCGGGAUCAGAUGUUGCAUCAUGGCCUGAAGCCGAAUAUGAUCACUUACAAUGUGCUGUUGUCAGGGCUGUGCCGUGCUGGCAGGAUAGGCGAGACGGCCACAGUGUUGCAUGAAAUGAUGUCACGAAAGAUGGUGCCGGACUGUUUCACAUAUAGCAUUCUGUUCGAUGGUUAUUCCAGAGUUGGAGACUCGCAGGCAAUGCUUUCCUUGUUUGAGGAGUCUGUGAAGAAGGGUGUGAAGAUUGGGGCUUAUACUUUUAGUAUUUUGCUGAAUGGUCUUUGCAACGAUGGCAAAAUUUCAAAGGCAGAAGAGGUACUGCAGACGUUUGUAAAUGCAGGACAACUCCCAACAAGGGUUAUCUACAACACUCUUAUCAAUGGGUAUUGUCAGAUUGGAGAGCUUGAAGGGGCCUUCUCAACCUUUCAGCAGAUGAAAUCACGCCUUGUUAGUCCAGAUCACAUCACCUAUAAUGCACUAAUAAACGGUUUGGGUAAGGCUGAAAGGAUCACAGAAGCACAUGCUUUGGUCACAGAGAUGGAGAAGAAUGGAGUGAGUCCUAGUGUGGAAACUUUCAAUACGCUUAUUGAUGCAUAUGGAAGGGAUGGGCAGCUUGAAAAAUGUUUCGUUCUACUUUCUGAUAUGCGAGAGAAGGGGCUAAAGCCAAAUGUUGUCUCCUAUGGUUCAAUUGUCAAUGCCUUUUGCAAGAAUGGGAAAAUCCCGGAAGCAGUAGCUAUUUUGGAUGAUAUGUUCCAUAAAGAUGUUUUACCAGGUGCACAGGUGUACAAUGCGAUCAUAGAUGCAUAUAUAGACUGUGAUGCCACUGAACAGGCUUUUACUCUAGCUGAAAAGAUGAAGACUAGUGGGGUACCUCCAAGUAUAGUUACAUGCAAUUUGCUGAUAAAAGGCCUUUGCAAGCAGUCUCGGAUAUCUGAAGCAGAGGAACUAAUUCACAGCUUAAGAAAUCAUGGAUUAACUCCUGAUGUUGUCGGCUAUAAUACUCUAAUAUCAGCAUGCUGCUACAGGAGCAACACUGAUAGAGCUUUGGAGCUUCAGAAAGAAAUGUGCAAGUGUGGCAUCAAACCUUCAUCGGGAACAUAUCGUAUUCUUCUGAGUGCAUUGGGUGGUGCAAGAAGAAUACAUGAGAUGGAAAAUCUGUAUAAAGAAAUGUUGGACAAGGAUGUUGUUCCUUGCAGUCGCAUUUAUGAUAUCAUGGUUGAGGCCUAUGUGAAAUGUGGGGAUGAAUCUAAGGUAGAAGCUCUGAGGAAGGAUUUCUCGGAAAAAGGGACAUCAAUUGAUUAUGACACAUCCGUGACUUAGUUGAAUCUUCAGAAUGAAUAGCCAUUGAUUACACAUACAACGUCAACAGGCUGUUGCAGUUUCUCCGACUGCGAAAUCAUUAGCUGCCUAUCCCAGGUCUCCUUUCCAACUGAGAACUCCGAAGAUUGUGAAUGCUCCGAAUGGGGAGGUAAAAUCACCACCAGAUGUAACCCCCAUCUCACUGAAUCUCAAAGAACUUGAGGCUGAGGAGAAGCCUCAAAAAUCACUUAACGAGAAGCAACAGGAAAGCCAAGACCUGCUAAUCAAGUGUGUAUCACAAGAUUUGGGAUUCCCAGUGGUAGGGCUAUUGCAGCUUGCAUUAUAUAGAGGUGUCUUCUGCAUUGGAGAUCAUUUGAAGUUGAAAGAACUGGUGUUUUUGACCGUGUUAUUCAAACGAUAGGCUCUGCUAUAGAGGUCCAGGACAAUAACGACAAGUUAGCGUAUUGGCUCUCCUAUUCAUCCACAUUACUCCUACUUCUACAACGGACACUGAAAACAACUGGAGCAGCUGGACUCACUCCUGAGGCGAAGGUCAACUGCUACAUCUUUUGGGAGGGUUUUUUCGGGAAUUCGAGCUUCACCACAAAGUGCUGCGCGACCUUUUCAUGGUAGCCGCUUGAUUGGACAACUAGGUGAUCUUUGUCAAGUUGGAGCCAAGUAUCCUGCUCUGCUUUUCAACCAACAGCUUACAGCUUUCCUCGAGAAGAUAUAUGGAAUGAUUAGAGACAAUCUGAAGAAAGAGAUAUCUCCAUUGCUUGGUCUUUGCAUCCAGCACCAAGAACAUCUCGUGCAAGUUUCAUAAAAGGAUCUCGUUCUCAAGCAAAUGCCUUGGCCCAACAAACUCUGAUCGCACAUUGGCAGAGUAUUGUGAAAAUAUUAACAAACUACCUGAAUGUUUUGAAAGUCAAUUAUGUCCCUUCAUUUUUAAUCAGCAAGGUGUUCUGUUCACUCAGAUAUUUUCGUUUAUUAAUGUCCAGCUGUUCAAUAGUCUGCUUCUCCGACGUGAGUGCUGUUCAUUUAGCAAGGAGAAUAUGUCAAAGCUGGAUUGGCUGAGUUAGAGCAGUGGUGCAUUUAUGCCACUGAAGAGUAUGCAGGUUCUUCCUGGGAAGAGCUGAAGCAUAUUAGGCAGGCCGUUGGAUUCCUUGUAAUUCAUCAAAAGCCUAAGAAAACAAUGAAAGAAAUCACCAACGAUUUGUGCCCUGUCCUUAGCAUACAACAGCUAGCUCGAACCAGUACAAUGUAUUGGGAUGACAAAUAUGGCACCCACACUGUUUCAUCAGAGUGAACCAAAUUGGUUGUAGGUCAUCUCAAGUAUGAGAAUAAUGAUGACAGAAGACUCGAACAAUGCAGUGAGCAGUUCUUUCUUGUUGGAUGAUGAUUCAAGCAUUCCAUUUUCGGUGGAUGACAUCUCAAAGUCAAUGACAGAAAUCGAGGUAACGGACGUUGAUAU